AGAAGCCGUCGUUUCGUAAUCGUCAUUUACACGGGAUAUAUUAUUCAAAUGAUUACGAAAUUGGGGAUGGCAGAUUUCGCACGAUUUCCGCCGUUAUCAUUACUUGCGCCGUUAUCGUACUUGGCGUUGUUUUUGUUGCACUUGCAGCAGUUCACAAUCCAUUAUAUGACAGAUCUGGCUGUCAGCUGGGUUGAUAUGACCCACCCAUAUGCUCAAUUCCGCAAACUUGUAUGAAAGAAGGAGAGAAAGAAAACGCGAGAGAUAGACACGCGUAUAUUAAAUGCACAACCGGUUAGAGCGGUUCCAUUACACAGGCGCUGAUACAUGCUUAAAUUUAGCCUUUUCCUCUCUUUCGUCCUUUUUUCCUUACGUUCGUUAAGCGAAUGUGCACGUGAUAUGAGCGGAGUAUAGGACCUCGCUCAUCCGACAAGUGUUGCUCCGCCAUAACCUAGCGCAACUGACAGCUGUGUCUUAUCAACAAUAAUUACAACAGCUGGCAUGCCGCCGGUUGUUCGGUAGUUCACGUCAGGAUGGUAUAUUCUGACGGUACAUCUGAUGAUACGUCCGACGGUAUAUUCCUGAAGGAGAGAGAGAAUGGCGCUUACCCGCCGCAAGUCUCUGGUGAAAUUGUCAUUUUGCAUAUUUUACAUAAUCGGUAUUCUGAUAAUUGCCAAGCAAUUAUUUCGUGCCAAUGACAAUCCCAGGGUUUACAAGGAGCAGCUUCCAUUCCCGAGGAAUGGCAAUAACUCUCGGAGGCAGAAAGAUGUGGAUAUUGCAUUACAGAGGUUGCAGGUGGAGAGAUAUGAGCAGCAGAUAUCAAAAUUGGAACGCAACGUUGUACCUGGACUUGGGGAUGACGGAGAACCCGCUUAUCUAUACGGAAGAGAUAAGGUUCUAGGUGAAGCGGCACUUGCGAAAAAAGCGUUGAAUGUCGUCCUCUCAAAUAAGAUAUCGUUGACCAGAAAAUUACCAGAUGUACGCAACCCCCUAUGUGCAAAUCUUACAUACGAUAGAUUAUUACCAAGUGCUAGUAUAAUAAUUAUUUUUUAUAACGAACCAUGGAGCGUUCUGUUACGCACAGUGCACAGUGUCUUGAAGGGUUCUCCGCCAAAUCUAUUAAAAGAGAUUAUUUUAGUGGACGAUCACAGCGAGGAAGAAGAACUUCAGGGACAAUUGGAUUAUUAUCUUUCGACGCGUUUACCCGCCAAAGUAAAGCUACUGAGAUUACCGUAUAGACAAGGAUUGAUACGUGCUCGUCUACAUGGGGCUAAAAUUGCUAGGGGCGAUGUUCUCGUCUUCCUGGAUGCACAUUGCGAAGUUAUUAAAGACUGGUUACAACCUCUGCUACAGCGAAUAAAGGAGAAUAAAAGUGCUGUACUAAUGCCAAUAAUUGAUAACAUUUCCGAGGAGACAUUAGAAUACUUCCACGAUAACGAGGCGUUUUUCUUUCAAGUUGGUGGUUUUACAUGGUCGGGACAUUUCACGUGGAUAAAUAUUCAGAAACCCGAGAUCGAGUCGCGUUCCUCUCCUAUAUCGCCAACUAGGUCUCCUACUAUGGCAGGCGGUCUAUUUGCUAUUGAUAAAAGAUAUUUUUGGGAAAUUGGUAGUUAUGACGAUAAGAUGGAUGGCUGGGGAGGCGAAAAUUUGGAGAUAUCCUUCAGAAUUUGGCAGUGCGGUGGUACUCUAGAAAUAAUUCCUUGCUCUCGCGUUGGCCAUAUAUUUCGAAACUUUCAUCCAUAUAAAUUCCCAAACGAUAAAGAUACUCACGGAAUAAAUACUGCCCGUUUAGCAUUUGUAUGGAUGGAUGAAUAUAAACGAUUAUUUUUACUUCAUCGUAGUGAAUUCAAGGACAAUCCAAAACUCAUUGGCGACAUAAGCAAACGUUUGGAAUUGCGGAGAAAGCUCAAAUGUAAAAGUUUUAAAUGGUAUCUCGACAAUGUUUACCCGGAAAAAUUCAUUCCCGAUGAAAACGCAAUAGCUUACGGCCGUGUCAAAUUGCGCAAUAGACGACUGUGUUUAGACAAUCUGCAACGUGAAGAAGAUAAACCGUACAAUUUAGGUUUAUACAAUUGUCACACCAAGUUAUAUCCAAGUCAGUUUUUCUCGUUGAGCAAGUCCGGCGAAUUACGGAGAGAGGAAACAUGUGGGAGAAUAUUGGAUAUUGAUUCAAAAUCGUAUGCGCAAAUUCAAAUGUCUGACUGCAACAGUGAAAAAGGUGGAAAGGAAUGGGUAUUGACGAAGGACGGCAGGAUAAUACAUGUGGAAACUGGUCUCUGCCUCGACGGUACUAAACUACAUAGCGAUGAGAACGUACGAGCGACUCGUUGUAGUAAUGUACCAGAUCAAUUCUGGAAAUUUGAUUUCUCUAAUAAAGUGCUAUCUGCAUAGCGUAUCGUGCA